CUUGGUCCUAUGCCUGCAGCUCAUGCUUGACAGCGAAGAGAAAAAAAAACCCGAGGGACAAUGGACGCCAAGGCCCGGAAUUGUUUGCUUCAACAUAGAGAAGCUCUGGAGAAGGACAUCAAAACAUCCUACAUCAUGGAUCACAUGAUCAGUAAUGGCGCGUUAACAGUCCGAGAGGAAGAAAAAGUGAAAAGUCAGGCCACUCAAUCUCAACGAGCAGCUACUUUAAUUAAAAUGAUAGUUAACAAGGAUAAUUGUGCCUACGUUUCCUUCUACAAUGCUCUGCUACAUGAGGGCUAUAAAGACCUGGCUGCGCUUCUCCACAGUGGCCUUCCGUUUGUUUCUUCUUCCAGUGGCAAAGACACAGAUGGUGGAAUAACUUCAUUUGUGAGGACGGUGCUGUGUGAAGGCGGGGUACCACAGAGGCCAGUCGUCUUUGUUACCAGGAAGAAGCUGGUGAGCAUGGUUCAGCAGAAGCUCUGGAGGCUGAACGGUGAACCCGGGUGGGUCGCCAUAUAUGGAAUGGCAGGCUGUGGGAAGUCUGUGUUAGCCGCGGAAGCUGUCCGAGAUCACUCCCUCUUAGAAGGUUGUUUCCCAGGGGGUGUACAUUGGGUUUCAGUUGGAAAACAAGACAAAUCUGGGCUUCUCAUGAAACUGCAGAAUCUUUGUACACGGUUGGAUCAAGAUGGGAGUUUUUCUCAAAGGCUGCCGCUUAAUAUUGAGGAGGCUAAGGACCGUCUCCGCGUUCUGAUGCUGCGCAAGCACCCAAGGUCUCUGUUGAUCUUGGAUGAUGUUUGGGAUCCUUGGGUGUUAAAAGCUUUUGACAAUCAGUGUCAGAUUCUUCUUACAACCAGAGAUAAGAGUGUUACAGAUUCAGUAAUGGGCCCUAAGUAUGUUGUGCCUGUGGAGAGUGGUCUGGGGAAAGAGAAAGGGCUUGAAAUCCUGUCGCUUUUUGUUAACAUGAAGAAAGAAGAUCUGCCUGUGGAGGCUCACAGUAUUAUCCAAGAAUGCAAAGGGUCUCCUCUUGUAGUGUCUUUAAUUGGUGCACUUUUACGUGAUUUUCCCAAUCGCUGGGUGUACUACCUCAGACAACUUCAGAAUAAGCAGUUUAAGAGAAUAAGGAAAUCUUCAUCUUACGAUUAUGAGGCUCUGGAUGAAGCCAUGUCUAUAAGUGUUGAAAUGCUCAGAGAAGAUAUCAAAGACUAUUACACCGAUCUGUCCAUCCUCCAGAAAGAUGUCAAGGUGCCUACGAAGGUGUUAUGUGUUCUCUGGGACUUGGAGACUGAAGAAGUUGAAGACAUCCUGCAGGAGUUUGUCAACAAGUCUCUUUUAUUCUGUGAUCGAAACGGAAAGUCGUUUUGUUACUAUUUACAUGAUCUUCAGGUAGACUUUCUUACAGAGAAGAACCGAAGUCAGCUUCAGGAUCUACAUAGGAAGAUGGUCACGCAGUUUCAGAGGUAUUAUCAGCCACACACGCUGUCUCCAGAUCAGGAGGACUGCAUGUAUUGGUACAACUUUUUAGCCUAUCACAUGGCCAGUGCCAAUAUGCACAAAGAACUUUGUGCUUUAAUGUUUUCCCUGGAUUGGAUUAAAGCAAAAACAGAACUUGUCGGCCCUGCCCAUUUGAUUCACGAGUUUGUGGAAUAUAGGCAUAUAUUGGAUGAAAAGGAUUGUGCAGUGUGUGAGAAUUUUCAAGAGUUUUUAUCUUUAAAUGGACACCUUCUUGGACGACAGCCAUUUCCUAAUAUUAUACAGCUGGGCCUGUGUGAACCAGAGAUUUCUGAAGUUUAUCAGCAAGCAAAGCUGCAGGCCAAGCAGGAGGUGGACACUGGGCGGCUCUACCUGGAGUGGAUAAACAAAAAAACUAUCAAGAAUCUUUCCCGCUUAGUUGUCCGCCCCCAUACAGAUGCUGUUUACCACGCAUGUUUCUCUCAGGACGGUCAGAGAAUAGCUUCUUGUGGAGCUGAUAAAACCUUACAGGUGUUCAAAGCCGAGACAGGAGAGAAACUUCUUGACAUCAAAGCUCACGAAGAUGAAGUGCUUUGCUGUGCGUUCUCUUCAGAUGACAGUUACAUAGCAACCUGCUCAGUGGAUAAGAAAGUUAAGAUUUGGGAUUCUGCGACAGGGAAGCUAGUACGUGCCUACGAUGAGCACUCAGAGCAAGUCAACUGCUGCCAUUUUACCAAUAAGAGUAAUCACCUUCUCUUAGCCACCGGGUCAAAUGACUUCUUCCUUAAACUCUGGGAUUUGAAUCAAAAAGAAUGUCGAAAUACCAUGUUUGGUCACACGAGCUCAGUCAAUCACUGCAGGUUUUCACCAGACGAUGAGCUCUUGGCUAGUUGCUCAGCUGAUGGGACAUUGAAGCUUUGGGAUGUGAGGUCAGCAAACGAGAGGAAAAGCAUCAACGUGAAGCGGUUCUUCCUGAGUUCAGAAGACCCUCAGGAGGAUGCAGAAGUGAUUGUGAAAUGCUGUUCCUGGUCUGCAGAUGGUACCCAAAUAAUAGUGGCAGCAAAAAACAAAGUCCUCCUUUUUGAUAUUCAUACCAGUGGCCUGUUGGCAGAGAUCCAUACAGCUCACCACAGCACCAUCCAGUACUGUGACUUCUCCCCCUAUGACCAUCUGGCAGUGGUCGCCCUGUCCCAGUACUGUGUGGAGCUGUGGAAUAUAGAUUCACGUUUAAAGGUAGCCGAUUGCCGAGGACAUUUGAGUUGGGUUCAUGGUGUGAUGUUUUCUCCUGAUGGCUCUUCGUUUUUGACAGCUUCCGAUGACCAAACGAUAAGGGUCUGGGAGACAAAUAAGGUGUGCAAGAACUCUGCCAUAGUGUUAAAGCAGGAAAUAGACGUGGUGUUUCAAGAAAAUGAGCCGAUGGUCCUUGCAGUUGACAACAUAAGGGGUCUACAACUCAUUGCCGGGAAGACAGGCCAGAUUGAUUACCUGCCUGAAGCUCAAGUUAGUUGCUGCUGCCUGAGCCCACAUCUUGAGUAUGUUGCAUUUGGAGAUGAACAUGGAGCCAUUAAGAUUAUAGAACUUCCAAACAACAGAGUUUUCAAUUCUAUGAUCGAUCACAAGAAAGCUGUGCGGCACAUCCAGUUCACUGCUGAUGGGAAGACACUCAUUUCAAGUUCUGACGAUUCUGUAAUUCAGGUAUGGAAUUGGCAGUCAGAGGACUAUGUCUUUUUGCAAGCCCAUCAGGAAACAGUGAAGGACUUCAGGCUCCUAAAAGAUUCAAGAUUGCUUUCUUGGUCAUUUGAUGGAACAGUGAAGGUAUGGAAUAUCAUUACUGGAAGAAUAGAAAAAGACUUUAUUUGUCAUCAGGGCACAGUACUUUCUUGUGAUAUUUCUUCUGAUGCUACCAAGUUUUCAUCUACCUCUGCUGAUAAGACUGCAAAGAUCUGGAGCUUUGAACUCCUUUUCCCUCUUCAUGAGCUGAAGGGCCACAAUGGCUGUGUCCGCUGCUCCGCCUUCUCUCUGGACGGCGUCCUGCUGGCAACUGGAGAUGACAAUGGAGAGAUCAGGAUAUGGAAUGUCUCAGAUGGCCAGCUUCUUCAUUUGUGUGCUCCGGCUUCAGUAGAAGAAGGAGCUGCUACCCACGGAGGCUGGGUAACUGACCUUUGCUUCUCUCCUGACAGUGAAAUGCUUGUCUCUGCCGGAGGAUAUCUUAAGUGGUGGAAUGUUGUCACUGGGGAAUCCUCACAGACCUUCUACACAAAUGGAACAAACCUCAAGAAAAUUCAUGUGUCCCCUGACUUCAGAACAUAUGUGACUGUUGAUAACCUUGGCAUUUUAUAUAUCUUACAGGUUUUAGAGUAAAAUGGCUAAGCAUUAAUGCAGUUCAGCUCAAUUUUGAGUUGGAAAAAAUGGAAACUGUACAUAAACUUUUUAUAAAGCUGUGAAUUGUACUGCAGUAUUGCAUCCAUUGCAAACGUGUUUCUGGAUGGAUGAAUAAUGUUAGUAUAGCUGGAUGAAUAAUAGUAUAUCUCCAGAAAUGAGCACACUUUUGCUUUAGUAUUUUUUUUU